AUGGCUGAUACCAAACAAGAUAUGGAAAAUUCGGAGGAUGAUAGGAAGAUAAUGAAGAUUAGCUCGUUUAAAAAGAAAGCGAUAAGCGCAUCAAACAGAUUCAAGAACUCGUUCAAGAGGAAGACUCGGAGGACCAGCAGCAGAAUCGUGUCCGAACCCAUCGAAGACAACAUCAACGAUGAGGAUCUUCAGUCUAUUGAUGCAUUUCGUCAACUUCUUCUCCACGAGGAUCUUUUGCCCUCCAAACACGAUGAUCCUCACACGAUGCUCAGAUUCUUAAGGGCGAGAAAACUCGACAAUGAGAAAGCGAAGCAGAUGUGGAGCGACAUGCUCCAAUGGAGAAAAGAUUUUGGAGUCGACACGAUCAUCGAGGAUUUCGAGUUUGAAGAGAUUGAUGAAGUAUUAAAACAUUACCCUCAAGGCUAUCAUGGAGUGGAUAAGGAAGGCAGACCGGUUUACAUUGAGAGAUUAGGCCAAAUCGAUGCAAACAAGCUGUUACAAGUGACUACAGUGGACCGGUACGAGAGAUACCAUGUGAAAGAGUUCGAGAAGAUGUUCAAGAUCAAAUUCCCUUCUUGCUCAGCGGCAGCCAAGAAGCACAUUGAUCAAAGCACAACCAUUUUUGAUGUCCAAGGCGUGGGGCUUAAGAACUUCAACAAAUGCGCGAGGGAAGUUUUACAACGCCUUCUCAAGAUCGAUAACGACAAUUACCCUGAGACUCUGAACAGAAUGUUCAUAAUCAAUGCGGGUCCUGGAUUCCGGCUCUUGUGGGGACCAGUUAAGUCUUUUCUUGAUCCAAAGACAACAUCAAAGAUUCAUGUUCUUGGGAGCAAAUACCAGGCCAAAUUGCUUGAAGCCAUCGACGCAAGCGAGUUGCCAUAUUUCUUUGGCGGCCGUUGCACUUGUGAAGACAGAGGUGGCUGCAUGCGAUCAGAUAAAGGUCCAUGGAAUGAUCCUGAGCUUCUUAAGAUGGCUAAAAACCCUGAAGCUAAGUUCUCAACUAUUACAGAGGACGAAGACAAGCUUGUAGAAGAAGGAACGACAAUGUCCAUGGUCUUUGAACCUCUAGAGAGAAACAAGAAGAAAACCAUGGAAGACGACAAUGUGUGUAAGAACAUUGCAGCGGUUGACAAGUUCAUGGCUCUGUCUUUGCCUGCAAAACCUAUAAAAAUCCAAAAAAAAGAAAAGGGGCCACAAAGGAAAGAUGAUAGUUUUCUUGUGGGAGGGGUUAUCGCGUUUGUGAUGGGAAUUGUAGCAAUGCUCCGGCUAUCUAAAGACGUUCCCCGAAAGCUCACGGAGGCUGAAAUAUUCGGGAAUUCAGUUUACGACGGGGAAUCAAAAAUGUCUAAAGCAAACCAAGAUCCAGCUCCAGCACCAGUCUCAAGUUCCGAGUAUGUAUCAAUGGUGAAGCGAAUGGCCGAACUUGAAGAAAAGUACAAGUCCCUUGAACCGAAACCAGCGGAUGACGACGCGUUAGAGAAAGAAAAUAGACUUCAAGCUGCGCUAAGUCGGGUUCAAGUGCUUGAGCAUGAGUUAUCCGAGACUAAAAAGGCUUUGGAUGAAACGAUAGUUAACCAGAAGGGGAUUCUUGCAUACAUUGAGAAGAAAAAGAAGAAGAAAUCGUUUUUCAGGUUCUAG